CACAACCAGAUGCAACCACUACUUUUACACACCCAAAUCUUCUCUCUCUAUCGUACACAGUCCGUUAUCUUGUCACACCAAAUCACCAUAUUUUGGAACUAAUUUUAACUAAUGAGGCCAUAUUGAAGUUCCAACAGAUUUGACGGUACAAUUCCAGCAAAGAUGGACGACAUAGACGCCAUGUUCAGUGACCUGCUGGGGGAGAUGGAUCUCCUCACACAGAGUCUCGGUGAAAAUACAGAACCUCCUCACCCCUCACUCCCCAGCACCGAUAAGGAAGUCAACUUCUCCAUUGGCUUCACUGACCUCAAUGAAUCGCUCAAUGAACUGGAGGACAAUGACCUUGAUGCCCUCAUGAAUGACCUGAUGGCGGAUCUGAAUGCAUCUGAAGAAAAGUUGGCGGCAGAGAUCGAAGGUCUGAAGCCAACACCCAAAGCAGAUCUACCACAAUCUGCACCAACAGCACCCAAAGGACCAAGCCCAAGCCUUCCUCAUCCCACCCCCUCUCUACCCUCACCCGCCUCACCAGAAAGCGGCAGCAGUAGAACUGUAACUUCGCCUGCCUCAUCAGCCACCUCGCCACUACCGCCUCCACAGUCCUCCAAGCCUAGCAUGGAAGAAAUUGAGGCCCAGGUGAAGGCUGAUAAGAUCAAGCUAGCUCUGGAGAAACUAAAAGAAGCUAAAGUGAAGAAGUUGGUGGUGAAAGUCAUGCUGAACGAUGGCAGCUCUAAAACUCUGAUGGUGGAUGAGAGACAAAACGUUCGUGAGGUCCUGGAGAACAUGUUUGAGAAGACCCACUGUGAUUGUAACGUGAACUGGAGCCUGUGUGAGACCAACCAUGAACUGCAGCUAGAGCGUCUGUUUGAGGACCAUGAGAACAUGGUGGAGCCAUUGUUAGCCUGGACCCGAGACAGUGAGAACCAGGUCCUUUUCAAAGAGAUGCCAGAGAAAUAUGAGGUGUUCAAAAACCCACAGAACUUCUAUCUCUGGAAAAAGGACAGAAAAACCCUCAAAGACAUGAAAGACAAGGACAAGGAGAUUCUGAUAAAGGAGAACUUCUGUGGCACCUCCAUCAUCGUCCCGGAUCUGGAGGGGGUUCUGCACCUCAAAGAAGAUGGAAAGAAGUCCUGGAAACAGCGCCUUUUCCAGCUUCGGGCCUCGGGAAUUUACUACGUGCCUAAAGGGAAAACUAAGUCCUCCCGAGACCUGGUGUGCUUCGUACAGUUUGACAACGUAAAUGUCUACUAUGGGCAGGACUUUAAAAGCAAAUACAAGGCCCCCACGGACUUCUGCUUUGUUCUCAAGCAUCCCCAAAUUCAAAAGGAGUCCCAGUACAUCAAGUAUUUGUGUUGUGAUGACGCAAGGACAAUGAAGCUGUGGGUAACUGGAAUACGUAUUGCAAAGUAUGGAGCGGCUCUGUAUGAAAACUUCAAAGCCUCUGAGAAGAAGGCUGCUGUCAAUGCCAUGUUCUCCAACCGGAACAGUCCAUCAAGCUCCAGCCAGUCCACCCCAUCUCCAACUAUUAAAGCCAAGUCUCCAAGCCAGGCCAAUGGGCAUGCUCCUCAACCAUCAGGAGGAACUAUAACGCAGGACCUUGGAGAUAUCCCGCCCCCUCCUCCUCCACCUUCCGAUCACACCUUCUCUCAUCCUCCUCCUGGAUCUGGAUCUUCUCCUCCUCCACCACCUCCAUUGGCUGCCAAGAACUCCAUCAAACUACAUCCUAAGCACCGCCAGCCUGCAUCCCGGUCCCCCGCAUCUCCUGCCUCUCUGGACCCCCUACCCUCACCGCCACCUCCACCCCCCACCGAGGACUCAUCAGAUGCCCCUCCUGACUUCCUGCCACCCCCUCCACCAGCUGCCAAUUUCCCUCCACCUCCUCCAUCAGCUGCCAAUUUCCCUCCACCUCCUCCAUCAGCUGCCAAUUUCCCUCCACCUCCUCCAUCAGCUGCUUGUUUUCCGCCACCUCCUCCACUAAGCUCUAUGCCCCUUCCACCUCCUCCUGCAGCUCUCGAUUUGCCCCCUCCACCACCGGACCCCUCCUUCUUACCUCCUCCUCUACCCCCGCAGGCCUUCACUGGGGCAGGGGCACCACCUCCACCCCCGCCUCCUCCACCCACUGCAGCCCCACCACCGCUGGGAGCUGGUCCAAAACUGGCAGUUCGCUCCUCUGGGUCCCUGAAGAAGACUCCACCCGUUCCGCCCAAGAGGACAACGCCAUCACUCCAGGGGGCUGGUGGAGGAGGAGGAGAAGGAGGAGGAGAUGGGGACUUUAUGUCAGAACUGAUGCUAGCCAUGAGAAAAAAACGAGGCAACGUUUAACCUAAGAAUCUAGAUAAUGAAUGCUUGGAGGAACUAUGGCCAUGAAAAGGACCUUUUGGAUUAUUCAGGUGGCGUAUUACUGCGGAGGCCUAAGUUUUGGAAUAAUAUAUUAUGUACAGAGGUGUGAAUGUUGAGGAUUCAAUAACUGUGCUCAAGUAAGAGUACUGUUAACAAAUAUUUCUCAGCUAGAAGCCACAGCCAAAUGUGUACUACAAGUAGGAAUCAAACUGUUUUGGUGAAAAAGCUAAUUUAAUUGGUGAUAAACUGAAAUAUGUUUUAGUAUUGAUGUGAUCAUGUCCUUAUUGUCUUAUUGUUGAAUACUGUUUUAACCACAUAUUCUAAAAGUUACUAAAGUAAAAGUGAGAAAUCUGAUUAGAAUCCGCCUCUGACUAUGUAAGAGAACAAACCACUGUAUGUAUAUGAAUACAAUUCAGUUUUAUGUAUUAAAAAGGUCAUGAGGUACUGUUAUAUUUUCAUAUUUUCAUGUCAGUAUGUCAGAGUUUUGUUGCAGGCACAUAAUGGUUUUAAACUAUGUGUAAUAAGGUGUUUAAUAUUU